AUGGCUAGCCCUCCAUCAAUCAAGUCUCCCGAUCGUAGUAGAAUCUUUCCACCACACGAAGGGCAGAAUGUACUGCCCAACAGCCCCUUCUUCACGAAGCUUCUCAGACAUGCGCAUCGUGGUCGGCUCGCCAUUCGGGACCAUCUUCUCGGCGUAGAGAAGACAUACCUGGAUCUUCUAGGAGAUGCUCUGAGUCUAAGAUCUGCCCUGGAGAAGAGGCUUGACCCUAGCGUUGUCCGAAGACUGAGGCGCGGAGAUGAGCUCUACAUAGGUGUCCUGGCGGCUGGUGGUUAUGAGUUUGCAGUUGCAAUGGUCGCUGCUUUGGCGAUCGGCGCUGCUGUCGUACCCAUGAGCGUUGCCAAUCCUCCAGAGGAAGUGGUGUACUUCGUCAAUAAGUCCCGGCAGAUCGCGAUCCUCUCGUCCAGCUCGACGACGGGCCUCGCUCAAAGUGUGCUGAGUCUGCGCAGAGAACAGGGUCAACCGCUAGCACAUCUAACCGUUUCGGACGCAAUGACAAGUUCUUCCCGGUUGCAGCCUCGCGACAUAGUCAUCUCGUGCGACCGUUAUCUUGACGACAACACAGCAGGAGUUGUCAUCUUUACCUCCGGUACCACAGGCAAACCGAAAGGAUCAGUACUGCGUCGUGCUUACAUCCACGAGGCUGCACUCAAUGUGGUAGAAGGGUACGACAUCACACACAAGGACGUGCUAUUACAUACUCUGCCAGUGCACCAUGCAACUGGUCUUGGGACAAGCUUCUUCCCGUGGAUGGUCAGCGGCGCUUGCAUCGAGUUCAAAACACAUGGCUCAUUCGAUCCCGCCUGGGUAUGGCGGCGGAUCAGAGAGGGUGGCAUCACGGUCUUUUCUGGCGUGCCGACAAUGUAUCUGCGCUUGAUGUGGCACUACAACAAGGAGCUGGCAAACCUUCCGGAUGCCAAGAAGGACGCAUACACCGCCGGUGUUCGAGCUCUGCGAUGCCUUCUCUGUGGUUCUAGCGCGCUGCAGCAACCCGUGCAAAACUUCUGGACCAGUCUACGGGAUAAUGGCAAGCCCGGCAUCUUCGUUCGAUACGGCUCCUCUGAAGUACCUGGCUGUAUCCGAGUGUCUGCGGAUGCUGACUUCCCCAGGUUGCCUGGCAACAGCGUUGGAAGUCCAACAGCUGGCGUUGACGUCAAGAUCAAUAGCGAGCGUGAACUCCUGAUCAAGUCGCCGCUGAUGUUUUCAGGAUAUCUUCUCGACGAAGCGGCCACAGUAGCCGCCCACGACGAGCUCGGAUGGUUCAAGACAGGCGAUAUCGCUCGCCAAGAAGGUCCUUAUAUCUUCAUCGUUGGAAGGGCCUCAGUGGACAUUAUAAAGUCAGGAGGUUACAAGAUUGGCGCACCAGAGGUCGAACAAGCGUGUCUGAAGCUGCCGAACGUACGAGAAGUCAGCGUUCUGGGAGUCGACGAUGAAGAGUUCGGGCAGCGAGUUGCUGCCGUCGUGCUGCCCACUGCUGGUUCUAAUGGUUCGAGCUUGAGGAUCGAUCGGUUGCGGGAAGAUCUGAGGCAGACAUUGCCGGCGUACAAGCUGCCCACGCUGCUGAGAGUAGUAGAUGGCGAGCUGCCAAAGGGCGAGACUGGAAAGGUGCAGAAGAAAAUUCUGGGUCCGCAGCUAUUCCCAUCAUCGUGGCAGGAAGACUCACGGGUGCAGGUUUGGCGGUCGACAAAGGCACGCUUAUAA